ACCAAAAAUUUGAAACCAAAAAAAGAUGAUUAUCGAUGAUCAUCAUAAUCAUAAUAAUGAAUGAAAUGACAACAUUUCCGUUCAAUGAACAAACGAAUAUUUUACAACAACAACAAUCGAAUGAGCAAAAUUUCUUCGCAUUACGAAAUAAUCGUAUUGUUCAUUCACCUGUCAUUAAUGAUAAUCAUCUAUUAAGCAACAAUAAUAAUAAUAAUAAUGGUCGACUUAAUCGAAAGACAUUAAUAUUACGUUGGAUAAUAAUUCUUAUAUCGAUCUUAUCAAUAUCAGUGAUUACGAUUGCAGUCGCUUACUUCAUCUUAUACGAUACUAAUAAUAACAAUAUUGUCAAUGCUCGUCAUCAUCAUCAAGGGAUCAAUAUGAAUUGUAAAAAAUCAUUUUCUGAAAUUGAUUCACAGGAAUCAAAUAAACGUGAACAAGAAUUAGUAAAUAGUGGCAAUUAUUUAAGCAUCUAUUUUGUUACUUAUAAUGUUGCAUCCAAAGAGCCGAGUGGAUCUUUUGCUGAAUUAUUCGCUUUAUAUCAUCGCCGUUAUGAUGCCUAUGCAAUUGUUUUGGAAGAAAUGCCAAUGAAAACAUUUUUAUACAUCGAUGGAUGGCGUACAUCAUUUGAACAAUUAUUUCGACAAAUUGAUUAUGUUCUUCUUCGAAAAGAAUCCUCUAUCUUUACGGGUGUGUUUCUAUUCGUACGUCGUCGUGAUAUUGACCGUUAUUCAUAUGUUCAGACUUAUCCAGUAAAAAUACAAAGCGAUAGAGCAUUUGCAUUCAAAGGUGCUGUUGGUCUACGAUUCAUCUAUAAUAAAGUUCAGAUAGCCAUUAUUGGUGCACAUCUAACACCACAUGAUGAAAAUUAUCAAAAACGUAUUAAAGAUAUAAUGACAAUCAUGUCAGAAGUUUAUUUUAGCAAUUAUAGCGAUACUGUCUCUAAUCAAGACAUUACAUUUUUAUUUGGUGAUCUCAAUUUUCGCCUUAAUCCAAUGAACGAACCAAAUGAAUCAUAUAAUGAAGCGCACGAAUUUGAAUCGAUCACACAGUUUAUUCGUGAAAAUCAAAAUAAUUCCGAUCAUCCAGAUCGUUAUGAAUCGUUGCUGAAAUAUGAUCAAAUUCGUUAUGCCAUACAUAAAGGUGAAGCCAUUAAGGAUUAUGAAGAAUCGCCCAUAACAUUUGCACCAACGUUUAAAUUUGUCUUGGAUUCAUGUGAUCAAUAUGAUCGUAAACGUCGUCCGGCGUGGACUGAUCGAAUUUUAUGGCGUAAUCUUUUAAAAAUUCAAAGCAAUUUGCAAAAAAUUGACCCUUCAAAAGUGGCAAAAAUUGAACCUAUAGUAAUGUAUUACGAUUCAAUACCACAAUAUACGUUAAGUGAUCAUAAACCUGUCAGGCAAUUGGUAUGGAUACCAAUUAUGGAAAUGAAACAACUGAAAAAAGAUCUAGCACGACAACGUCGUGAUCGACGCCGUCUUACAUUACCGUCAGCAUUUGAUAAACCACCAGUCCCUCAUCGACGUUUACGAUCCGAUUCGGCUACAUCUUUUGUUCCACGAACAAUGAAUGAAUUUCAUAUAGGUCAAGAACCAAUGGCUAUGUUAUCUAAUGAAAUAUCAACUGCUAGUUCAUUGUUGAAAUUCGAAAUUGACAAAGAUUGGUGGCCUAAUGUUGAUGAUCCAGGAUUAUUUGAACCAAGUUAUCGAAUUGAAUUUUAUCAUAUACCAGAUUGGAAUCAAACUAAAAAGUUUUAUGUGCAUUUUCGAAUUUUAAGCAAUAAUGAUGAUGAUGAUCACGAUCGAAGACCAGUAUCGAUUCGUGAUCCAUCUGUUAAACGUUUCCUUAACCCUUGGGAUUGGGUCGGCCUUUUCCCUGAAAAUUUCACUUCGUUAGAUGAUUUCUUAACGUUUUCUUAUCCAAAAUUCGGAAAUGCUUUACCAACGGAACAAGCAGCCGAUGCUUUGUCCAUGUUAAAUAUUGACGAUGAUAAUCACGAUGAAACCAGAGAUUCUGAUCCUGUUUCACAACAAGGUGAUCAACAAUUGAAUAGAGAUUCCGACAAAGAAACUUCGAGCUUAACUGCGGAUACAGAUGCAGAACCAGAGUCAGCCAAUCAUACGGAUGAAGUAUUUCCCGUCUAUUUCGAUGAAAGCAUACCCAUUUUAGCUGGACGUUACUUAUUGGUUUAUGUUCGACACAAUGGUGAUGUUAUUGGAAUAUCAGAACCAUUUCAAAUUGAAAGAGAUAUUGAUAUGUCUAGUGAUAUUCAAUAAUAAUGAAAAGAAACAAUAAUGAUUUUUCUUUUGGCCAAAACUUUUUUUUCUUUGUUUAUUCGCCUUCACCAGACUUAUAUCCCGAAUAUACACGCACGUGCUUAUUUUAUUACUUAAUUAUUAUUAUAAUUCUUAAUUUGUUAAACAUUGAAAAAUAAUAAUCUGUGGUUGUUG